GUGUGGCGCUCUACGGUGGCCGUGGAGGUGCGGCGGCGGCUGUAACCCCGAGUUCCUUCGCGCCGCCCGGGGUGGGGGGUGCCGGAGCCGUCCUUGUCCCCAAGCCGAGUCCCCACGUGGGGGACUCCCGGGCGCCCGGCACCAUGGUGAAGGAGCAAUUCCGGGAGACGGAUGUGGCCAAGAAAAUAAGCCACAUCUGUUUUGGAAUGAAGUCUCCUGAGGAGAUGCGCCAGCAGGCACACAUCCAGGUUGUGAGUAAGAAUCUGUACAGCCAGGACAACAGUCACGCCCCCUUGCUCUAUGGGGUGCUUGAUCACAGGAUGGGCACGAGUGAGAAGGACCGUCCUUGUGAGACCUGUGGGAAGAACUUGGCUGACUGUCUAGGCCAUUAUGGGUACAUUGACCUGGAGCUGCCAUGCUUUCACGUGGGGUACUUCAGAGCUGUCAUCGGCAUCUUGCAGAUGAUCUGCAAGACCUGCUGUCACAUCAUGCUGUCCAAAGAAGAGAAGCAGCAGUUUCUGGAUUACCUAAAAAGGCCUGGCCUGACCUACCUCCAAAAGCGAGGCCUAAAGAAGAAAAUCUCAGACAAGUGCCGGAAGAAGAACAUUUGCCACCACUGUGGGGCCUUUAAUGGUACUGUGAAAAAGUGUGGCUUAUUGAAGAUAAUUCAUGAGAAAUACAAAACCAACAAAAAAGUGGUGGAUCCCAUUGUGUCAAAUUUUCUUCAGUCCUUUGAAACAGCCAUUGAGCAUAACAAAGAAGUAGAGCCGCUGCUGGGAAGAGCACAGGAAAAUUUGAAUCCCUUAAUAGUUCUGAAUUUGUUCAAACGAAUCCCAGCUGAAGAUAUUCCUCUCCUUCUGAUGAACCCGGAAGCUGGAAAGCCCUCAGAUUUGAUUCUCACCCGACUUCUGGUGCCUCCCUUGUGUAUCAGACCCUCCGUCGUGAGCGAUUUGAAGUCUGGCACCAAUGAAGAUGAUCUGACAAUGAAAUUGACAGAAAUCAUUUUCCUGAAUGAUGUCAUUAAAAAGCAUCGAAUCUCUGGAGCCAAGACACAGAUGAUAAUGGAAGACUGGGAUUUCCUGCAGCUGCAGUGCGCCCUGUACAUCAACAGUGAGCUCUCAGGCAUUCCCCUUAACAUGGCGCCCAAGAAGUGGACCCGUGGAUUUGUCCAGCGCCUGAAAGGGAAACAGGGUCGAUUUAGAGGCAAUCUGUCAGGAAAGAGAGUGGAUUUUUCUGGUAGAACAGUCAUCUCUCCUGACCCCAACCUCCGGAUUGAUGAAGUAGCUGUACCUGUUCAUGUGGCCAAAAUCCUAACUUUUCCUGAGAAGGUGAACAAAGCAAACAUCAAUUUUCUGAGGCAGCUGGUUCGAAAUGGCCCUGAUGUCCACCCAGGAGCCAACUUCAUCCAGCAGAGACACACUCAGAUGAAAAGGUUUUUAAAAUAUGGAAAUCGGGAAAAGAUGGCUCAGGAACUCAAGUUCGGCGACAUUGUGGAGAGACAUCUUAUUGAUGGAGACGUGGUGCUGUUCAACCGGCAGCCCUCAUUGCACAAAUUGAGCAUCAUGGCCCACUUGGCCAGGGUCAAGCCUCACCGGACCUUCAGAUUCAAUGAAUGUGUUUGCACACCCUACAAUGCAGACUUCGAUGGUGAUGAAAUGAACCUUCAUCUGCCUCAGACGGAAGAAGCCAAAGCAGAGGCCCUUGUUCUCAUGGGGACCAAAGCUAAUCUUGUAACCCCACGGAAUGGGGAGCCCCUCAUUGCUGCUAUUCAGGAUUUUCUAACAGGUGCCUAUCUUCUUACCCUCAAGGACACUUUCUUUGACCGAGCCAAAGCUUGCCAAAUCAUUGCUUCAAUAUUAGUUGGCAAAGAUGAGAAAAUUAAAGUGCGCCUGCCACCCCCUACGAUAUUAAAGCCUGUCACCCUGUGGACUGGAAAGCAGAUCUUCAGUGUCAUCCUCAGACCUAGUGAUGACAAUCCUGUGAGGGCCAACCUCCGAACCAAGGGCAAGCAGUACUGUGGCAAGGGGGAAGACCUGUGUGUCAAUGAUUCCUAUGUUACAAUCCAGAACAGCGAGUUGAUGAGUGGUAGCAUGGACAAAGGAACCCUGGGAUCAGGGUCCAAAAACAAUAUCUUCUACAUUUUGCUGCGAGACUGGGGGCAGAACGAAGCAGCUGACGCAAUGUCACGGCUUGCCAGGCUGGCUCCCGUCUACCUGUCUAACCGCGGGUUCUCUAUUGGGAUCGGUGAUGUCACCCCUGGCCAAGGACUCCUGAAGGCCAAGUAUGAGUUGUUGAAUGCUGGCUACAAGAAAUGUGAUGAGUACAUCGAGGCCCUGAACACAGGCAAGCUACAGCAGCAGCCUGGCUGCACUGCUGAGGAAACACUAGAGGCCCUGAUCCUGAAGGAAUUAUCUGUGAUCCGAGACCAUGCUGGCAGUGCCUGCCUCCGAGAGCUGGACAAGAGCAACAGCCCCCUCACCAUGGCCUUGUGUGGCUCCAAAGGCUCCUUCAUUAACAUAUCACAGAUGAUUGCCUGUGUGGGACAGCAAGCCAUCAGUGGCUCUCGAGUGCCAGAUGGCUUUGAAAACAGGUCCUUGCCUCACUUUGAAAAACACUCAAAGCUCCCAGCUGCCAAAGGCUUUGUGGCCAAUAGCUUUUAUUCCGGGUUAACACCAACCGAAUUCUUCUUCCACACAAUGGCUGGUCGGGAAGGUCUAGUGGACACAGCCGUAAAAACAGCUGAAACAGGAUACAUGCAGAGAAGGCUGGUCAAAUCCCUGGAAGACCUUUGCUCCCAAUAUGAUCUGACAGUCCGAAGCUCCACUGGUGAUAUUAUCCAGUUCAUCUAUGGGGGCGAUGGCUUAGAUCCUGCAGCCAUGGAGGGGAAAGAUGAGCCUCUGGAAUUUAAAAGAGUUCUGGACAACAUCAAGGCAGUGUUCCCCUGUCAGAGUGAGCCUGCUCUCAGUAAAAACGAGCUCACGCUGACCACCGAGUCCAUCAUGAAGAAGAGCGAGUUCCUCUGCUGCCAAGACAGCUUCCUGCAGGAAAUAAAGAAAUUCAUUAAGGGAGUUUCUGAAAAGAUCAAGAAAACCAGAGAUAAAUAUGGCAUCAACGAUAAUGGCACAACAGAGCCCCGAGUACUGUACCAGUUGGACCGGAUCACCCCCACCCAAAUAGAGAAGUUUCUGGAGACCUGUAGGGAUAAGUACAUGAGGGCACAGAUGGAGCCAGGCUCCGCGGUGGGUGCGCUCUGUGCCCAGAGCAUUGGCGAGCCAGGCACCCAGAUGACCCUGAAGACUUUCCACUUUGCAGGUGUAGCCUCCAUGAACAUCACCCUGGGCGUGCCCCGGAUCAAAGAGAUCAUCAAUGCCUCCAAGGCCAUCAGCACUCCGAUUAUCACAGCACAGCUAGACAAGGAUGACGAUGCGGAUUACGCCCGCCUUGUGAAAGGCAGAAUUGAGAAAACCCUCCUGGGGGAGAUUUCAGAGUAUAUUGAAGAAGUGUUUCUUCCCGAUGACUGCUUUAUUCUCAUCAAGCUUUCUCUGGAACGGAUCAGACUUCUGAGACUGGAAGUAAAUGCUGAGACCGUGCGCUACUCCAUCUGCACGUCCAAGCUGCGUGUGAAGCCAGGUGACGUGGCUGUCCAUGGGGAGGCUGUGGUGUGUGUCACCCCCAGAGAGAACAGCAAGAGUUCUAUGUACUAUGUGCUGCAGUUCCUGAAGGAGGACCUCCCCAAGGUGGUGGUGCAAGGCAUCCCAGAGGUGUCCAGAGCUGUCAUCCACAUCGACGAGCAGAGUGGGAAAGAGAAGUACAAGCUUUUGGUAGAAGGCGACAACCUGCGGGCAGUCAUGGCCACCCAUGGUGUAAAGGGCACCCGGACCACCUCUAAUAACACCUAUGAGGUUGAGAAAACACUGGGCAUCGAGGCUGCCCGGACCACUAUCAUCAACGAGAUCCAGUACACAAUGGUCAACCAUGGCAUGAGCAUUGACCGGAGGCACGUGAUGCUGCUCUCUGACCUGAUGACCUAUAAGGGUGAAGUCCUGGGCAUCACGAGGUUUGGCCUGGCCAAGAUGAAGGAGAGUGUGCUGAUGCUGGCCUCCUUUGAGAAGACCGCUGACCAUCUCUUUGAUGCAGCCUACUUUGGGCAGAAGGACUCUGUGUGCGGAGUGUCGGAAUGCAUCAUCAUGGGAAUCCCCAUGAGCAUCGGGACGGGCCUCUUCAAGCUGCUCCACAAGGCCGACAGGGACCCGGACCCCCCCAAAAGGCCCUUGAUCUUCGACACAAAUGAGUUCCACAUCCCCCUUGUCACAUAGAAGAGGAGACCAUACCUGACCUUUCCCCCUUGCCCGUCUACAGCUGGAAGAGCGUUCUGCUUCCUGGGACAAGCCCAGAGGCUCCCGUCUGUGCUGGUGGUUGGAGAAGACCCUGGAGUCCCACAGUGCCACUCCUCAUAUAGGGAGCAGCCCAUGCCUGCUGCCACCUGCACUACAGUUUGGGAAAACUCGGGCUUUGUUUGUUACCUGUCUAUGGGUGGUCCAGCCAGGCAUCCUUGCCCAUCCCAGCGUGCUGUGUCCCCUCUUCCAGCCUCACACAGGCUAGGACAUGUUACUGGUUUUCCAUUCCUCAAUUGUGACAUACUCGUGUAAAUAAUGUUACUACUAUUUAUUUGUUCCUUUUGAGA